UCAGCUUCAAACAAAGCCUUGAAUAUACAAGCAUGGCGUCGAUUGCAGCAGGAGGAUCAAAACCCUAUGUUGUAAUCACCCCAUUUCCAUUGCAAGGCCACAUAAAUUCCUUCUUGAAACUUGCCAAAGUGAUUCAUUCUAAAGGCUUUCACAUAACGUUUGUCAACACUGAUUACAACCACAAGCGCUUACUCAACUCAAGAGGUCCUCAUGCCCUUGAUGGCCUCCCAGAUUUUUGCUUUGAAACCAUCCCUGAUGGUCUUGCUCCUUCUGAUGAAGCUAAUGUUUCCCAACGAUUUCGUAUUCUAUGUGAUUCUAUGCCAAAAAACAGUCUUGUUCCUUUCACAAAGCUUCUCGGGAGGCUUCAUGAGCUUGCUUUGAAUAGUGUUGUGCCACGAGUUACUUGCUUGAUUUCUGAUGGUGUCAUGACCUUCACAAUGACUGCUGCUCAAGAAUUUGGACUUCCAAUUGCUAUCUAUUGGCCGGCUAGUACUGUUUCCUUUUUGGGUAUUUUUCACUUUCGCACUCUUCUUGAUAAAGAUGUCAUUCCCUUGAAAGAUGAGAGUUAUUUGACAAAUGGAUAUUUGGAUACUGAACUAGACUGGGUUCCUGGAAUGAAAAAUGUCAGACUAAAAGAUCUUCCAAGUUUUGUGAGGGUAACUGAUUCAAAUAAUUUUUUGCUAAACUUCCUUAUAGCUGAGUUACAAAAAGCGCAAACAGCUCAAGCAAUUAUUUUCAACACAUUUGAGGAGUUGGAUAGUGAUGCUCUCAGCGCCCUAUCCUCUAUCUUCCCUCCUCUUUACUCCAUUGGCCCUCUCCCUAUGCUUCUCAAUCAAAUCCCACACAACCACCAUAUGGAAUCUAUUGGCUCUAAUAUGUGGAAAGAAGAGACUAAAUGCCUUGAUUGGCUAGAAUCCUAUGAACCUGAAUCUGUUAUUUAUGUGAAUUUUGGAAGCCUUGCAACUUUGUCUCUAGAACAAUUAGGCGAGUUUGCUUGGGGUUUAGCCAAUAGCAAGAAACCCUUCCUGUGGAUCAUACGUCCUGACCUAGUGAAAGGAGGCUCAAUUAUUCUAUCGCCUGAGUUUUUCACAAAAAUUAAGGAUAGAGGCUUCAUAGCAAACUGGUGUGAACAAGAAAAAGUCUUGAAUCACCCAUCUAUAGGGGGCUUCUUGACACAUUGUGGGUGGAACUCCAUGAUAGAGAGUAUCGGUGCAGGUGUUCCAAUGGCAUGUUGGCCUUGGUCUGGAGAUCAACCAACGAAUUGUAGGUAUGCGUGCAGAGAGUGGGAAAUAGGACUUGAGAUUGAUAAUAAUGUGAAAAAGGAAGACGUGGAGAAGCUUGUUAAUGAGUUGAUGGAAGGAGAGAAGGGGAAGCAGAUGAGACAAAAUAUUUCAAAGUGGAAGAAAAUUGCCGAGGACGACACAAAACCUGGUGGUUCUUCCUACAUCAACUUGGAGAAUUUGAUAAAGGAUGUGCUGAUCAAAACAAAAAACUAAGCUGUCGUUUGAACAUGGAAACUUGUAACAAGUUAAUGAUUAUUAUUUGAUGAGGUAAAAUAUUUUAUUGAGAUGUUUCAAAUGUGUUUAAGAUAUCUCGUGUCAAAUAUCAUGUGUAUAAGGAAAAAAAAUUUUUUUUUUGUUACCCACAAUUAUCUUCUCAUUAAAGGCAAUUG